GGCCGUCGGGGCGCGGCGCGGCGGCGAUGGGGGCUCUCCCAGCGCUGCUGGGGGCCGCCUUGCUGUGGGCCGGCGCCGGGGCCCUCGUCAACCUCAAGUACUCGGUGGAGGAGGAGCAGCGGGCCGGCACGGUGAUCGCCAACGUCGCCAAGGACGCCCGGGACGCCGGUUUCGUGCUGGACCCCCGGCAGCCUGCUGCCUUCAGGGUGGUCUCCAACUCGGCCCCCCAUCUGGUGGACAUCAGCCCCGGGUCCGGGCUGCUGGUGACCAAGCAGAAGAUCGACCGGGACCUGCUGUGCCGGCAGAGCCCCAAGUGCAUCAUCUCGCUGGAGGUGAUGUCCAGCUCCAUGGAGAUCUGCGUGAUCAAGCUGGAGAUCAAGGACCUCAACGACAACGCGCCCAGCUUCCCCACUGACCAGAUUGAGCUGGAGAUCUCAGAGACGGCCAGCCCCGGCACCCGGGUGCCUCUGGAGAGUGCCUACGACCCGGACUCGGGCAGCUUUGGUGUGCAGAGCUACGAGAUCACCCCCAAUGACCUCUUUGGGCUGGAGACCAAGACGCGGGGCGAUGGGUCCCGCUUUGCCGAGCUGGUGGUGGAGAAGAGCCUGGACCGCGAGACCCAGUCCCACUACAGCUACGUGAUCACGGCGCUGGACGGGGGUGACCCGCCCAACUUCGGCACGGUGGAGCUCAGCAUCCGCGUCAUUGACUCCAAUGACAACAACCCGCUCUUCGAGGAGCCGGCCUACACCGUCAGCGUGCCUGAGAACGCCCCGCCGGGCACACCGGUUAUCCGCCUCAACGCCUCCGACCCGGAUGAGGGCACCAACGGCCAGGUCCUCUACUCUUUCCAUAGCUACGUCUCCGAGAGGGCGCGGGAGCUCUUCCAGAUCGACCCGCAGAGCGGCCUCAUCACGGUGAGCGGUGCCAUUGACUAUGAGGAGGGUCACGUCUAUGAGCUGGACGUGCAGGCCAAGGACUUGGGGCCUAACUCCAUCCCCGCCCAUUGCAAAGUGACCAUCAGCGUCCAGGAUGCCAAUGACAACCCGCCGCUCAUCAACCUGCUCUCUGUCAACAGCGAGCUGGUGGAGGUGAGCGAGAACGCCCCACCGGGGUAUGUCAUUGCCCUGGUGCGUGUCUCGGACCGUGACUCCGGGGCCAACGGGCGCGUGCAGUGCAAGCUCCUGGGCAACGUGCCCUUCCGGCUCCAGGAGUACGAGAGCUUCUCCACCAUCCUGGUGGAUGGGCGGCUGGACCGGGAGCAGAGGGACCAGUACAACCUCACCAUCCAGGCCAGGGACAACGGCGUUCCCUCCCUGCAGGCCACCAAGUCCUUCACUGUCAAGAUCACCGAUGAGAAUGACAACCAUCCCCACUUCUCCAAGCCCUAUUACCAGGUGAUCGUGCAGGAGAACAACACCCCAGGGGCCUAUCUCCUCUCGGUCUCGGCCAGGGACCCUGACCUGGGCCUCAAUGGCAGUGUCUCCUACCAGAUCGUGCCCUCCCAAGUCAGGGACAUGCCUGUCUUCACCUAUGUCUCCAUCAACCCCAACUCUGGAGAUAUCUAUGCUUUGAGGUCCUUCAAUCACGAACAGACAAAGGCCUUUGAGUUCAAGGUCUUGGCAAAAGACGGGGGUAACCCCUCUCUGCAGAGCAAUGCCACUGUGAGGGUGAUUGUCCUGGAUGUCAAUGACAACACCCCGGUGAUCACAGCCCCACCGCUGGUCAAUGGGACGGCGGAGGUGUACAUCCCCAGGAACGCAGGGGUCGGCUACCUGGUCACCGUGGUCAAGGCAGAUGACUACGACGAGGGUGAAAAUGGCAGACUCUCCUAUGAAAUGGUGGAAGGAGACAGAGGGUUUUUUGAGAUAGACCAGGUCAAUGGAGAGAUAAGGACCACCAGAGCCUUUGGGGAGAAUGCCAAGACAGCCUACGAGCUGAUUGUGGUGGCUCACGACCAUGGGAAAACAUCUCUGUCGGCUUCCGCCUUGAUUUUGAUAUACCUGUCUCCAGCCCUGGAUGCCCAGGAGUCCAUAGGAUCUGUUAACCUCUCCCUGAUUUUCAUUAUUGCCCUGGGGUCUAUCGCAGCCAUUCUUUUUGUCACCAUGAUCUUCGUGGCAGUCAAGUGCAAAAGGGAUAACAAGGAAAUCAGGACCUACAACUGCAGAAUCGCAGAGUACUCCUAUGGGCAUCAGAAGAAAUCAAGCAAGAAGAAGAAGAUCAGCAAGAAUGAUAUCCGCCUGGUGCCGCGGGACGUGGAGGAGACGGAUAAAAUGAACGUUGUCAGCUGCUCCUCUCUCACUUCAUCCCUCAACUACUUCGACUACCACCAGCAGACCCUGCCGCUGGGCUGCCGCCGCUCCGAAAGCACCUUCCUCAAUGUGGAGAACCAGAACAACAGGAACGCUGGCUCCAAUCACAUCUACCAUCACACCUUCACGGGGCAGAGCCCCCAGCAGCCCGACCUCAUCAUCAACGGGAUGCCGCUGCCGGAGACUGAAAACUACUCCUUUGAUUCCAACUACGUGAACAGCAGAGCUCAUUUAAUAAAGAGCAGCUCCACGUUCAAGGACUUGGAGGGGAACAGCCUGAAGGACAGCGGGCACGAGGAGAGCGACCAGACGGACAGCGAGCAUGAUGUCCAGCGGGGCCUCUACUGCGACACGGCCGUCAACGACGUGCUGAACACCAGCGUCCCCUCCAUGGGGUCCCAGGGGCCCGAGCAAGAGCAGAGCGAGGGGUUCCAUUGCAGGGAGGAGUGCCGCAUCCUGGGCCACUCGGACCGGUGCUGGAUGCCCCGCGGCGCCGUCCCCAGCCGCACCAAGUCCCCGGAGCACGGGAGGAACGUCAUCGCGCUGUCCAUCGAGGCCACGGCGGUGGACGCGGAGCCUUACGCAGACUGCAGCACAAAAAGGACCUUCGCCACCUUCGGCAAGGAGGGCGCUGAGCCCCUGGCCGAGGAGCGCCUCGCCAACCCCAAAGGCAAAAGAACGGUGGACCCGGCCGCCUGCAGCCCCAAGGUGAGCGGCGCCAUCCGCGAGGCGGGCAACGGCUGCGAGGCCGUCAGCCCCGUCACCUCGCCCCUCCACCUGAAGAGCCCUUUGGCCGGCAAGCCCUCGGCUCCGUACGGUGCCGGGCACUGCGCCGGCAACCGGGAACGGGAGCCCUUUGGGAACACUGGUCCUUCCCGGCCGACGGAGGCAGAGCCCCGCGGGGCGGACAGCGAGAGCGGCGGGCAGGAGGGCAACCCGCUCCUGCAGGAACGCCGGGAUAAGGACUCGCCCGGCGCCCGGAGACUAAAAGACAUCGUCCUCUGAGCAGCACCCGGUGAGAGGAGGAGGAAGAGGAGGAUGAGGAGGGACCGCACGACUCCCAGCGCAGAUUGUUUUUACCGCUUACCAAUGGUUCACAGAUUGCUGUAUUUAAAAGCUUUCCCUAAAUGUAUUGUUUAUAAAUGAAGCUAUCGUUAAUGUGACAAUCCCACUUGGCUCAACAGGCAGCAGGGGUGUGCAGCCCGAGCAAAGCAGCUGGUGGUUUGCUAUUGGGUGGUGGGGGGCAGAGGUGAGACGUUCCCCCUCCCUGCUCCCCUGCAGCGCUCGGUGUCCCCUCCUCGGAGUUUCUAUAUUUUUAUAUCAAUUCCCAUUCCUGGAGAGAAUUGAAUGGCAAAUUCCUCAUCCAGCCCUCUUUAGUCAUCACCCCGGUGGUUUUGUAGUCCAGGCAGAGCCGCGGCCGUUCCCUGCGUGCCACUGCUCAAUGUGACACUCGGGUGAGUGUUCAUUAACCCAACACGAGGCUGUUUGUAUUUCAAGAUGUUGCUAUUUUGCUAUGGACCCCCUUGCAUUUAUGAAUCCUUUUGCUGUCACAUGCUUCUCUGUACUAUUCCUGUAUUUGAUAUUGCAAAUUCCUGUAUGUCUGGUGAUGGCAAAAGGCUUCCAAGCAUAACAAAAAUGGAAAGAAACAUAAUUCACCAUCAUCUAACCUAAACUUUGGGGACCCUGCAGCCUGCAACCCACUGGAGCCAGCGCUUCUCCCAGCCCUCCAUCACCUGAAGCCUCCCCCAGCUCCUGCAGGGCAGUGCCAGGGCAUUAAGGGAAGAGGUUUUGGGUGGGGGGAAUUUCUGCCUGGAUUGCAAUUGUUGGAUGCGCUGUGCUGAACUUUUCCCCCUUCCCUGUUUCUUUUCCAUCAUUUCAAGGCAAUGCAUGGAAAGCUUUUUUUCCACAAGUUGGUUGGUUUGGGGUUUUUUUCCAGUUCCCAGGUUUAGCUAUCCCCCGUCUCCAAUCAUAUCCAAGCCAAAGGGAUGGAAUUAUUGAAGAGAUCUCAAUCACCUUCUCAAUUAGGCACACACUUCCAAGUCAGCAUUUCCCAGGCGUGAUUAUGCCAAGUAUGUGUCUGUAUGUGUCACCAUGGCAUGGAUUUCAGGCUGUUCUGAUUUCUUUCCGUCCCUGCAUCAUAAAUAAGUAUGGAAUGAGCAAUAGCGACGUUAAUUUAGGGGCAGACAGGUGAUAUGUAACAAUGCUACUAAUUCAAUUAAUGUGCCUUCUUAAUGGAGAGAAAAUUAAAGCAAUUCAUUAUUUUUGCUCAGAAUUAAGGACUUUUUCCUUUUUUGUGUGGGUACAAAUCUACUCAUAUAAAAAUGAUUCCAAAAUUGAGCUACUUUCAUAGCCCCUUUGUAGAAGGGAGAGAGGGAAAGGGGCUUCACAGCUCCCUGCCCUCUUGCAGUGAUGAUUCCUCAGUGAGGUAUGAGUGAGGUAGGAUUGCCGUUAGUGUAUUACCAUUGUGAUUUAUAAUACACAAUUAGUGUAUUACUGUUGUGAUUAACCCUUCACUGGACAGAUUUUCCUCCCCCAAAUGAUGUUUCCUAGAAUUGAAAAUGGAUUAUGGAAGGGGAAAUACAUCGCUCUUGCCAAUGUUUGCUGUACCAGCAAGCUGAGAUUAGUGGUUUAUAGAGAAAGAGUCUUUCUAGGUCUACAUCUUAUGAUAAGAAAUGCAUUACUUUGAUUUCUCUAAGUGAAAAACAUCAUCAGGAAAACAAACUCCAGUCAUUACUAUCCUCCAAAUUACCUGAAGCUCCAGCUUUUAUUUCUUCAGGGCAAAUGGAUCCUGCCUGAAGGCAUGGCUGGUCCCAGGCAUGUCCGCAGUCACUCUGCUCCCCUUGCCACUUCCUAGGGCCAGGAAUUGGGAAAGAACCGACAAAAGAUGGGAUUUGUGAUGCUUCCCUCGCUGGUAUUGAUGACUACCUCAUUCAGCUCCCAUCCCACGCGCUAACGUGAUGUUCUGCAUCCCUCUGGAAAGCGAAACGGGGAUUUUUCCCCUCUCUUCUGGAGUUUGAGCCCAUUUUUCAGGGAUAUGUUCUUUCUGUUCCUGCCUGUGUGCUGUUACUGCUGUCAUUUCAAUCUGUGUUUCUUUUCCCCAAAUGUGUGUAUUUUUCUAACACAAGCAAAGAAGAAAGGGGCUGGCUCGGGGCUGUUGGAAUAACUGGAUGUUCUGGAACUGUGAGGCUGGGUUUAUGCUGAUGUUACCUGGUUUUGUCAGCUCUUUAGGGGGGGAAAAGCUUCUUGUAUGUGUUUGCUGAGUGACAGAGCCUGUGAUGUCAGAUCAUAGAGUCCCAGACUGCUUUGGGUUGGAAGGGACCUUAAAGCUCAUCCAGAUGCCAUGUGCAGAGACACCUUCCACUAGAGCAGCCUGCUCCAAGCCCCGUCCAACCUGGCCUUGAACACUGCCAAGGAUGGGCUCUUGGCUUUGCAAGGCAGCAGCCCCACAUCACCCCAUUGUCCAUCACCACCUCCAGCAGGAUGGGACCUGGCUGCCCCCCAUUUCAGGCUCCCCAUUAUCAUCACCAUCACCCCCAGCUACCCGAGGAGCCCCGGCUGUUGGCUCCUGUUGAGCACUGCCCUCUACCUGCAGAGCUGCCAGCACCAGCCCGGUGCUUUGGAUGAGAAGUAGAUGCUAAGUGAAAAGGAAGAGAGCACAAACCCACCAGGAGCAUUCUGUAAUUCACCCAGAGGAGACGUUCACGUUCCGUGCCACCCUGAAUAACAGCACAGCCGAGGAGGGAUGUGAAAUAAUUCUGCAUUAAAAGGGGGCACUAAAGAGGUCACUAAACCCUUAUGCCUCCAAGAAAACCAUUUAAACACCAGUUUCCCGGGCUGCAGCCAGGGAUGCUGAGUGAGGGGCCCUCCCUGGCACAUCCUCCUGUGCAGGGCCAAGGGAAGAGGCUCCUGAGUCUGUUGCUACCCCUGUCACUGUCCCUCUGUGUCACUGGAGAUAAGUUCAGGCUCCUGAGCAAAUCUGUUUUGGGGUCGUUUUCCUUGUUGCAUUGAAACUGUCCAUGCAAAACCAUUCCGAGCUGCGGGGUGGGCAGGGAGCGCUUGGGAAAGGGGUUCCAGGUGUAAUUAUGGUGCUUUUGAGUAACUGAAACCUGUCCUCAGAUUUGGUUUAGGAAGAAUCGCUGGGAUCUGCUGGGUUUCCUGCAGGCACACUCACUGUGCUCCCUGUUACCCAGGAGAGCAGCACCCACCUACGAUUGUCCCCCGAGCAUGACGAGGACCAUCUGGAGCAUCCCUGGGGAUGAACCCCCCCCUGUGCUGGCUCAGGGACACUUCCCUGCUCCAUGGGGAGCCUUUCCCUAAGGGUGGGAUGAUGGAGGGAUGGGGAGGAUGAGCACCGUCCUGCUGAGGUUGUUGCCGUUGCCUGUGUGUUGUGAAGCUGGAGGUGGCCUGUGGAUGAUCACUCGUUGUGCAGAAGUGAAUUCCUUUCUAUUGAUUUCUAUUUUUCCUUUUUCAAAUAGGAGAGAACCAGUUCCUUUUGUAAAGAACACACUGUCUGAUGAAUAUGUUGGAAUUAUUCUCGGGAUGGGGAGGGGGGAAAAUAGUACCUAAUGAUGAAUGGAAACACAUUUGUCUGUCAUUGGGGGAGACUGAUGAUCUUGGUUGCUCCAGCUCUGGGCGAUGCCUGGUCCAGCCUGUGAGCCCAGCUGCAAGCACUGCCCAGACGGAUCCUUCACGAGCAUCAGCUGAUGUUCAGCUGAUCUAAACUGGGGUAGAACCUUCAAACACACCCAUUGCAACCUGGUUUUCCACACCGGCUAACCCGGUGGGAGCCGGGAUGCCAGCAGGCAGGGCUGCCGCGGGACUGAGCGCGGCGCAUCUCGUCUCGUCAUGGUGUGUCUCCGUUGCCGAGUAUAUGAAGAAUCAAUUGUUGUAUAUGCUGAUCUGUAUGUUAUGUACAUUUCCACAGUGAUUGACUCAUUGUAAACAGCAACAUGGAUAAAAAGAAGCAGCACCAUUCUGUCUAUUUUAUGAAGAUGAUAAAGCAGCUUUAUUAAGUUAUUACAGUUCUGUUUCAAUGGUGAACCACACUGGGUUGGGGUUUUUAUUUUCCCAUCCGAGAACUUUGUUUUCCACCUCAAUGUGAUUUUCUUUUCUCUGCUUUGAGCAUCCGAUGCAUUUUAGUAUUAAAGCAAUUAUUGAAUAAAAUGGAAAGUAAGUGUUUGGUUAAA